AUGUAUAGUACGUGUGCCUGCCAGAACUCGCAGUACGCCGAGCUGGGAAAGAUGAACGAGAAAAACUUGGCGCGGAGAAUCACUUCUGCUUGCUUCAUUAUACACUUCAACGACAUUGCAGAGAUUGCCAACUCGGAUGAUGACGGGGUGGCUGCUACCAACUCUUCUUCUUUUCCCAUUGAUACAUUCAGCCGAUCAGUUGGCCUCUUCCCCUUGCGAUGGACAGUCGCAGAGCUGGUAUUAUCAGUGGUGGGCAUUCCUACAAAUAUAGGAUGGCUUUGGGAAGCCUCGUUCUGGCCGGAGGGGAAGGCGUCAUGUGUCAUUCUGGACGCGGUGUUCGAAGCGGCGAACUUUGCGUCUGUUCUGAAUGUUGUCUGUGUGAGUGCGGAAGUGUACGUUCUCAUCUGCCGCCCGCACAUAGCCAAGAUCUGGGUCAACGAGAUCCACGCCAAGAUGGCGGUGGCUGCCGUGUGGUUCGUUUGCCUGGGCAGUUCUGUCGGGGUAACAUUCUGUAUUCGGCAAUAUUGGGAAGCAGACGAUGGCGACAACAUAAAGUCUGUCAGCUACGCUAACAUGUCCAGAGAUGUACACGAUGAAAGAUCCACACUCACCCUUCCAGAAAACACGGGUCCCCCCUCCACCACACCACGUACUGCUUGUCUACAGACUCUUCCUUUCUACACGGACAAGUACAACCUCCUGUCCAUCGCCGGUCUGUACGUGAGUCUGAUGGUCCUGCUGGCGGUCCUGUACGCUAGCAUGUUCACCAGGCUGAGGAACACCACCGGCAACAUGGCCAAGAAGCAAGCAGCCUUGCGGAAGAAGUGUGAGAGCAUGACGUCCAUCACGGCUGCCCCUGAUGAGGAGACAGCAGAUGGCGGUCAGCCGGACAGCGCUGCUGACCAACGGGACAGCUUCACCCCCAGCAGACCAGUCACCAUGCUAGGCGCCGUUGUGGCCAUUGUUUGCCUGUGCCGGAUGUUCUACUACGUCAUUUGCAUCUUGAACACCAUCGCUCCGACCUUGCUGAAACCGCAGCAGUUUGCAGACCUAGGCGAGUACGUCGCCAUGACGACCAGGGUAGUCUUUUAUCUGAGCGGAGUGUUAGUACCCGCGGUGUACGCCGGGAUGUCCGUACAGUUCCGGCGGGGGUUGAAGUGGACAUGUAAACGGUUGGUUCUGUGCCGCUGGCGGGAUAGGAAACGGCAGCGGGCUAAGGUUCUCAAGGGCCGGCUUCCCCCGGCUACAGCCGCCAGUAACCAAACUGUUGAUACCGCAGGGUUCAACUCAGAAGACGACAUUGACGAUUUCGAAAUGGACUAA